ACCCGGGGGCCACAACUCCCACAAGUGUUAGAAAUUUAGAAUAAAAGUCUGGCAGAAAGAAGUCUGUUGGCCACCUUUAACGAAUCAUAUGGUGUGCAGUCAGAUCAAAAUCAUAAGCUGUCGGUUCUUCAAAGUCUCCGCAUGUUUGAAGCUUGAAAAAUGAUCCCCAGAAGAAGAACGGUUCUUCUUUCUUGGAUUCUUUUGCUCAGCUUUUUCUUCAAGAGGUUUGCUGAAUCAAGGGUUGCUCGAGAAGAAGUGGAUGUUCUCCAACAAAUUUUUACUACCAUGGGUGCAAAAUAUUGGAAGUUCAAUGCGGAUUCUUGCGAAGUUGAAACUGUUGGGGUAACACGACAGCAGCUAAGUUGGUCCGAUAUCAGUGUUGAAUGUGACUGCAAUAAUGGGGAUAUUGAUUCCUGCCACAUUAUAAGCAUUGUGCUGAAGGGUCUCAGUCUUCCCGGAGUUCUUCCACCGCAACUGUCACAACUCCCUUAUAUCCAACACAUUGAUAUUGCUUACAAUUAUCUCAGUGGUACAAUACCUACUGAGUGGGCCUCAACAAAACUCAACUUCAUCUCUGUGCUUGUGAAUCGGCUGUCGGGGGAAAUACCCAAAGCAUUGGGAAAUAUUACAAGCCUCAACUAUCUAAAUCUUGAGGGGAAUCAGUUUUCAGGUGUUAUUCCUUCUGAAAUUGGAAACUUGAUAAAUUUGAAAACCUUGAUGUUGUCCUCAAAUCGUUUGGAAGGGCGCUUACCCACAUCAUUUUCGGCGCUUGUAAAUUUGCAAGAUUUCCGGAUAAGUGACAACAAUUUUUCAGGUCCAAUUCCCGAUUUCAUACAGAACUGGAAACAACUUACAAGACUAGAGAUGCAGGCUAGUGGAUUAGAAGGACCCAUCCCACGAUUUUUAUCUCUUCUUGAAAACCUAACUAAUUUGAGGAUCAGUGACAUAAAUGGACCUAGUCAGGGAUUUCCUCUCCUGAGGAGGAGCACGGGCCUAAUUACAUUGAUAUUGAGGAACUGCAAUAUUUCUGGAGAAAUUCCUUCAUAUAUCUGGAACAUGAAAUACCUUCAACUCUUGGAUGUCAGUUUCAACAAGCUAGUUGGCGGAUUUCCAGAUUUUAUUAGUGCCAGAAGUGCUUUAAAGUUUCUCUUUUUAACUGGAAACAUCCUCAGCGGGAAUAUUCCGAAGUCAAUAUUAGUAGAUGGAAUAAACAUUGAUCUUUCCUAUAAUAACUUUACAUGGCAAGGUGUUGAUGAGCCUGCUUGUCAACCUGAUCCGAAUUUACAUCUGAACUUAUACAAGAGCUUUUCAAGAGUAAGUGCAUUAAGGAGAACUCUUCCGUGUGCAGAGAAACUUGCUUGUCCUAGAUAUGUUUGUUCUAUAAAUGUAAAUUGUGGCGGAAAUGAUGUUACUCUUAAAGAAAGUGGCAACCGUGAAGUAGAAUAUGAGGGAGAUGCAGGAGUUGAAGGUGGUUCUGCUUCAAGAUAUUUCAUUAGCAGUGGAGGUAACGAUUGGGGAUUUAGCAGCACAGGUGACUUCAUGGAUGAUGGUGAUGUUCAGAACACACGUUUUGUUGUGUCACAACGAUCAACAAACCUCUCUGAAUUGUACAGUAGUGCGCGGAUUUCUCCUCUUUCACUUACUUACUUUGGUUAUUGCUUGGAGAAUGGGAACUAUAAUGUGACUCUUUACUUCGCGGAGAUUGUUUUCAGAAAUGACAGUACAUACCUGAGUCUUGGAAGGCGUGUAUUUGACAUUUACAUUCAGGACAAACUAGUUUGGAAAGGGUUUAAUAUUGAAGAAGAGGCUCAAGGAGCGCAAAGGCCUGUUAUUAGGCACUUUAAUGCCAGUGUAAUUGAUAACACCUUGGAGAUUCGCCUUUACUGGGCUGGUAAGGGGACAACACGCAUCCCUCUUUCAGGGCAUUAUGGUCCCCUAGUAUCAGCUAUCUCAGUCAAUCCGUAUAUGAAAUCUUGUUUAGGUGGGACAAAAAAGCACCCGAUUAUUAUCAGUAUUGUUGGAGCAGUGAGUGCAGUUGUUGUGUUUUUCAUACUUGGCUUGCUAUGGUGGAAUGGCUAUCUACAAUGUAGAGGGGGGCAUGAUCCAGAAGUUGAUUCACAAAUGGUUACCUUUACGUUAAAACAAAUAAAAGUUGCCACCAAUAAUUUUGAUGCUUCAAAAAAGAUCGGAGAAGGCGGUUUUGGCCCAGUAUACAAGGGACGGUUAUCUGAUGGCACAUUAAUAGCAGUGAAGCAACUCUCAUCCAAAUCAAGGCAGGGAAACAAAGAAUUUUUGAAUGAGAUGGGCAUGUUUUCUUGUUUGCAACAUCCUAAUGUUGUAAAGCUUUUUGGGGGUUGUGUUGAAGGAGAUCAGUUACUGCUUGUAUAUGAAUACAUGGAGAACAACAGCCUCGCCAAUGUUCUUUUCAAGGAAAAUGAGUUGGUGUUAGACUGGUCAACAAGGUUAAAGAUUUGUAUUGGUAUUGCUAGAGGUUUGACUUUUCUGCAUGAGGAGUCCAGCCUCAGAAUUGUUCAUCGAGAUGUUAAAGCGACAAAUGUGCUUCUUGAUGGAAACAUGAAUCCCAAAAUCUCAGACUUUGGACUGGCAAGGCUCAAUGAAGACGAUAAGAGCCAUAUCAGUACUCGAAUUGCAGGAACAGUAGGAUACAUGGCUCCUGAAUAUGCACUUUGGGGUCACUUGACCUACAAGGCAGACGUCUACAGCUUUGGAAUCGUUCUGCUGGAAGUUGUUAGCGGGAAGAGCAACAAUAACUUUGCACCAAUCGGCAAUUGUGUUUGUCUUUUAGAUUGGGCUUGUUUCUUGCUGCUAAGUGGGAAGGCAGAGGAGAUGGCUGAUGAGAAAUUGGGAUCUGAUGUGAAGAAAGAAGAGGUAAAAGGGAUUGUGAAAGUAGCACUGCUGUGCACCAGUGCCACUCCAUCACUGAGGCCAACCAUGUCUGAAGCUCUUGGUAUGCUUGAAGGGAGGAUUCGUGUUCCAGACGAACUCCCAGAGGCCAGUACAUACCCUGAAGAUUUGAGGCUUAAGGCCAUACAAGACCUUCGUCGUGAAAGACAAAGCUCCAACUCUGGUACUGGUGGCAACUUUGCCGAGUCAUCGUCUUCCCAGAAUCUUGGAGCCAGUUUGGAAUCCGAGACACCGGGAAACUCUCUCUACUAAUCAUUACUAUGGCAGUUCAGUCAAUAAACCAGAGACGCGGCCUAAGUUUGGUGGCAAGGUUCUGUAAAUGUGAUGGCAACUAUUUCACUUUUGUCAUAUAUGUAAUGAGGGAACUGAAGAACUCCUCUUUUAAGCAAUAUUACUUGAGGUUCCUUUUCCGAUUUUGAGUUGUAAUUUACUCAGUUAUAUAUCUUAGAUCAUCAGUUAUAGUUUAGUCUUUUU